AUGAACGAAGAUCAAGAAAUUGCCUUAUUCAUGGCGACUAUGGCUACGUUUGGUUGUGUAGUGCUAUUGUGUUUAUGCUGUAUGGAGUCUCGUAGGGGCAACAAUAGUCAUCCAACUCAACCCAAUCGUAGAUUUCAUGAGCUAAUCCAAGACAUCAAACCCACCAUCAACUAUAAACCUCCCGCUCCUCCACCAAUCCCCGUGGUGAAGUUCAACUCUCAUAACUUCAAAAACGUUGUCGAGUGCGUUGUUUGCCUCUCCAACCUAGUCGAUGGAGACAAAGCCAGGGUUAUGCCGACAUGUAAACACUGCUUUCACGUGGAUUGCAUCGACAAGUGGCUUAAAUGUAAUUCCAUUUGUCCUGUCUGCAGAAUAAACGUUGUUGGUCGUUUGGCCCUAAAUGACGGCUCGAUUUUUCAAUCUCUUCCGAGUAUAGGAGCUAACUCUGUGAUGGAUAUGGAUAGUUCGGCCGAAUCAGAAACUCGAGACGGCCAAUAA